UUCUCGAUGAUUGGUCCGCCCAUAAGGUUCAACUUAAAAGCCAGUUUACCUACAGAAAUCUGCACUGUGCGAUCACCGUGACAAUGAAGUCGGGACGCGGACGUCAGUGGCGGGGUUGCUUGCUUGCACUUCGCUUCCUCUUCCUAUUUUUCUGGGGCGUCCCUGGGGCCAGGGCAUUGGACAAUGGCUUGGCGAGGACGCCUACCAUGGGCUGGCUACACUGGGAGCGCUUCCUAUGUAACCUUGACUGCCAGGCAGAGCCGGAAUCCUGCAUCAGUGAGCAUCUCUUCAUGCAGAUGGCAGAGCUCAUGGUCUCAGAUGGCUGGAAGGAUGCCGGUUAUGAAUACCUCUGCAUUGACGACUGUUGGAUGGCUCCCGAAAGAGAUCCAGAAGGCAGGCUUCAGGCGGACCCUCAGCGCUUUCCUGGGGGGAUCCGCCGCCUUGCUGAUUAUGUCCACAGCAAAGGACUAAAGCUAGGGAUUUAUGCAGAUGUUGGAAAUAAAACCUGUGCAGGGUACCCUGGGAGUUUCGGCCACUAUGACAUUGAUGCCCAGACCUUUGCUGACUGGGGAGUAGAUCUGCUAAAAUUUGAUGGUUGUCACUGUGACAGUGUGAAGCAUUUGAUUGAAGGUUAUCAGUACAUGUCCUUGGCUCUGAACAGGACUGGCAGAAGCAUUGUAUACUCCUGUGAGUGGCCUCUUUAUAUGUGGCCCUUUCAUAAGCCCAAUUACACAAAAAUUCGGACAUACUGCAAUCACUGGAGAAAUUCUGCUGACAUUUAUGAUUCCUGGGAAAGUAUAAAGAGUAUCUUGGCCUGGACAUCUUCUAACCAGGAGAAAAUUGUUGAUGUCGCUGGACCAGGGGGCUGGAAUGACCCAGAUAUGUUAGUGAUUGGCAACUUUGGCCUCAGCUGGAAUCAACAAGUAACUCAGAUGGCUCUCUGGGCUAUCAUGGCAGCUCCUUUAAUCAUGUCUAAUGACCUCAGACACAUCAGCCCUCAAGCCAAAAGUUUACUUCAGAAUAAAGAUGUGAUUGCCAUCAACCAGGACCCCUUGGGCAAGCAGGGGUACCUGCUUAGAAAGGAAAGCAGCAUUGAGGUGUGGGAACGACCCCUCUCAAACUUAUCCUGGGCUGUAGCCGUUAUGAACCUGCAGGAAAUUGGUGGACCCUGUUAUUAUACCAUCGCAGUUGCUUCCCUUGGAAGAGGAAUAGCAUGUAAUCCUGCCUGCCUCAUCACACAGCUCCUCCCUGAGAAAAGGAAACUUGGGUUCUAUACAUGGACUUCAAGCAUAAAAACCCGAGUAAAUCCCACAGGCACCGUUUUGCUCCAGCUAGGUGGGACAAGUAAGACUACAUCACACUGAUGUUCACAUCCAUCACUUCCUCCAUGCCCACUAUUUCAUCCAAGCUCCAAGAGUGAUGGCUUAGUCCCUCACUGUACCAGUUUUCCUUCUGUUCCUCACACACCACGAGCAUACUGCUACCUCAGGGCUUUGACACUUGCUUUUGCGUUUUGCCUUGACCUUUCCUUCUUCAGAGGGCCAGCUCCUUAACAUGCAAAUCUCAGGGGCAGCCAUCAUGGUGCAGGUUAAGAUACAUUUUGGCCUGCAUCCCUUAUUUGAGUGCCUGACCCGAGUCCUAGCUAUUCCACACUUCUGAUCCAGCUGCUUUCCAAAUGUGAGGUAGUUGGUGACGCCCUAAGUAUUGUGUUCCUGCCAUCAAUGCAAGAGACUCAGAUGAAGUUCUGGCUCCUGGCAUUCACCUGGCCCAGCCCUGCCUGAUUCUGAAUGAACCAGUGGGCAGAACAUCUCUGUCAUUCUUUCAAAUAAAUCUAUGUCCUUGAGUAAAAUUUUCCCAAGUUGGAACUUUCUAGAGGAAGUUGGGCAAAAGUUCUUGAACCAGUUGGAAAACAAUAGCUGUCAUUUGCUGUGUACUUGGUGCUAGACACUGAGAUGCUUAAGGUGUAUUGAUCUACUUGAAUACCAACUCUAAGGCAGCUAUGUGCCCACUGUAAUUUCAGAGCAGGAUUUAACACCAAGCUCUUAACACACUAUACUGCUGCCUACUGAAGUGCUUGGGAUGCCUGUUUAUAAUCUUAGUGCAAACAAAAAAGGAAACCUGCCUCAACUGAAUGAUGAUAAGUCCACAAACAUGGGGUAGAGUGUUUGGGCCUAUAGUGGUUACACCAGUUUUAAGAUGCUUGCUUGCAUCCCCUAUCAGAGUGCCUGUGUUCAAGUCCUGGCUCCUGACUUGAGCUUUGUGCUAAAGCGGAUACUUGCCACCUACAUGGGAGACCUGGAUUGACUUCCUUGCUACCAGGCUUCAGCUCAUAGGUGGAGGGGAGAAGGGUGGGAGGAGACAAGCAGGGCAUUUUAAGUAUUUGGGGAUACAACCAGUAGACAGGAGGUAUUAACCACCUUGGGGCCACAUUGUGCAGCAAGCUAAGCGGCCAGCUAUGCUAGCUAGCACCCCUAACUGUAGUGGCUGCUCCACCUCCAGUACUCAACGGGCCUGUGAAAGCAGUGCAAGAUGACCCAAAUUCUUGGGCCCCUGCCACCCACAAGGGAGACCAGGAUGCAAUGCCAUGCUCCUGGCUUCAGCCUGGUCCAGCCCCGACCGUUGUAGCCACUUGGGGAGUGAACCAGUGGGUGAAGAUGCCUCUCCCUAACUCUGCCUUUCAAAUAUACAUAUAUAUAUAUAUAUAUAUUUGGACAGGCAGAGUAGACAGACAGGUCUUCCUUUGCUGUUAGUUCACCCUCCAAGGGCUGCCGCGGCCGGCAUGCUGCAGCCAGCGCACCGUGCUGAUCCGAUGGCAGGAGCCAGGUGCUUCUCCUGGUCUCCCAUGGGGUGCAGGGCCCAAGGACUUGGGCCAUCCUCCACUGUACUCCCUGGCCACAGCAGAGAGCUGGCCUGGAAGAGGGGCAACCAGGACAGAUUCCGGCGCCCCGACCAGGACUAGAACCCGGUGUGCCGGCGCCGCAAAGUGGAGGAUUAGCCUAGUGAGCCGCGGCGCCGGCCCUCAAAUAUAUUUUUAAAAAAUGCACAAUACACAUGAAGUUGUAUUCCUUAAACAAAAUCAUAAGGAAAAUGAUUUAAACUUUAAAAAAGUACAUACUACUACUAAAGAAUUCCAUUCAAAACACAGUGGCACAGUAAUAGGAUACCCCUGGAAAAGUCCUCCAUCCCCUUAUAGCACCAUGGAAGGUCAGCAGGCUCAAGUGAUUAGGUCCCUGGAACUGACAUGGGAGAUCUGACCUGGCCCAGCCCUAGCCAAUGCAGACAUAUGGAAAUUCUUAGAAUACAGUACAUGCUGAGGGGAAGGUGUUGUGGCAUAGUGGGUUAAGGUACCUCUUGGGAUGCCUACAUCCCUUAUCAGAGUGCCUAGUUGGAAUCCCACUACUCUGCAUUUGCAGUCCAGAUCCUUACAUGUACUUGGGGGGCAGCACAUGGGGCAGUGAACCAGCAGAUGGCAAAUCUACCAUUCUAUCUUUAUUAACUCUUGCCUGUCAGGUGACUACCAAUUAUUUCUCGCUAAAAUUGGAAGGCUAGUAUCACCAACUAAUAAAAGUUGAAAUAGAACUAUGAAGCCUAGGUUUGCUCAUCAUAAACUAAUUUGAAAGUUAACUGUUCCACUUGAGAUGCUCUCCCAAUAACCAAACUACAGUUUUGCUGCAGAUCUCCAAAGAGCUAAGGAAGACUGAAGAGGAAGAGGAAAAUAUAUAAUUGGCAACUGUCACAUAGGCACUUUUUAAAAAAAGAUUUGAGAGAUAAGAGUUAUAGGCAGAGUGAGAGGUCUUCCAUUCGCUGGGUCACUCCCUAAAUGGCAGUAAAAGCCAGGAGCUUCGUCUGGGUCUCUCAAGUGGGUAGAGGGGCCCAAGCAGUUGGGCCAUCUUCUACUGCUUUCCCAGGCCAUAGCAGAGAGCUGGAUUGGAAGAGGAGCAGCUGAAUGGGACACAAACGGGCACCCAUAUGGGAUACCAGCACCGCAGGCAGAGGCUUAGCCUACUACCCUACAAUGCCAGGCCCCUAAAUAAACACUAUUAAAAAUGGACAGAAUAAGGUUCUAGUCCUGGUUGGGGCGCCGGAUUCUGUCCCGGUUGCCCCUCUUCCAGGCCAGCUCUCUGCUGUGGCCAGGGAGUGCAGUGGGGGGAUGGCCCAAGUCCUUGGGCCCUGCACCCCACGGGAGACCAGCAUUAAGUACCUGGCUCCUGCCAUCGGAUCAGCACGGUGUGCCGGCCGCAGCGGCCAUUGGAGGGUGAACCAAUGGCAAAGGAAGCCUUUCUGUCUCUGUCCACUCUGCCUGUCCAAAAAAAAAAAAAAAAAAAGAAUAGCCUUGAUUCCACUGGGAAGCUUACUAUACCAGAAAUUAUAUUCCUUGCAGUUAUUUCAGCAUAAUAGGAAUAAUUUGUAUUUUAUACAAAUUACUAUGUAUUUAAAAGGGCUGUGGAAUUCUUAAUAUACUGUGUUUAAAAUGGAAUAAAAAUUCCUUACCAACUGA